CAGACGGCAAUUUGGUGAAAAACGAGGGACGGCUUGAAGGGUCCUUUCAUUGUGUGUUCACCGCGCUCCAGCUCCCCCUGCGCGCGGACCGAGCGGGCUUGUGUCAAAGUUAUUCUUCAUAUUUGCUGAUAGCCGACAAGAGUAAAUAAGCGUGCGAAGGGGAGAGCAGCGAUCAUUAGCUUGGAGUGCUGAGGGUUUCGUCCCUUGUUAGCGCUAACAGAGCGGGUUAGCUACAAGUUGGGGUUAGUGGGGGUUGGAAGACAAGACAAACUGGAUGGCGAGAAAUCGAACUUGUUUCCAGGACAGAAAUAUGAAGAAGUGAACUUUGACCUUAAUCCCCUUUUCCUCGUACUUUUUCCGUUUGUUUAAAAAAGGUUUAAUCAUCAUUUUUUUAUGUGUGAUUAAGUUCGGUGUUUGAAACCGUGAAUGAUGAUGAACGAACAGCAGUACUUUCACUGGGAUUUGCUGCGGCAGCCGAUCCAGGCACCCACCUUUGGCAUGGGUGCACCUUUCUUUGAUGUCAACAGCAUACUGGAGUUGCGGAAGGAAAAGUCACGUGACGCGGCUCGGUCCAGACGAGGGAAAGAAAACUACGAGUUCUACGAGCUAGCCAAGUUACUUCCCUUGCCAGCGGCCAUUACUAGUCAACUGGACAAAGCUUCCAUAAUCCGACUGUCCAUCAGCUACCUCAAACUGCGGGACUUUUCUGGUCACGGUGAUCCACCUUGGAAUCGAGAUCCUGGCCACCACGUCAAAACCGUCAAAGGACCUCCUCGACGACGGGGUAACUCAUCAGUCGCCCUCGAUCUGUUUGAAUCUCAUCACGGAACUCAUAUUCUGCAGUCUCUCGAUGGUUUCGCCUUCAUCCUGGGAAACGAUGGACGAUUUUUGUACAUAUCCGAAACUGUGUCCAUAUAUCUCGGGCUCUCACAGGUUGAAAUGGCGGGGAGCAGUAUAUUUGACUAUGUCCACCAGCAGGACCAUCCGGAACUCGCCGAGCAUCUGGGCUGUGUCUGCCUCAGGGGUCGUCAAGCGGUCUGUCUUCUCCGGGUUCUUCAGACGAAGGGUCGCCCACCAGGACACGACCUCAGAGGCUACGUGAUGAACCCCAACCCCAAGAAAGGCUGCGAUCGUUCUUUCUGUCUGCGUAUGAAAUCCACGCUGACCAAGAGAGGCGUGCACGUCAAGAGCUCUGGUUACCGGGUAGUCCACGUGCUCGGCCAGUUGCGGCCGCAGAUGACGAUGGGACUGGGACGGAAGUGCGGUGCACCUGUGCUGGGCCUGGUGGGGGUGGCCAUCGCUCUACCCCCGCCCACGGUGACGGAGCUGCGGCUGGAGCACGACACCUUCAUCACCCGCAUGGCGCCGGACUUCACCGUCACCUUCUGCGAGUCGCUCGUCUCGGACUUCAUGGACCUGUCGGCAGAGGACAUGACCAACAGGUCGUUGUAUGAUAUGUGUCACGCGGGGGACAUAGCCAACCUGAGGCAGGCACACGUCAAUGUGCUGACCAAAGGCCAGGCUAUGACCGACUACUAUCGGCUACUCAACCGGCAAGGCGGCUACGUGUGGAUCCAGACCUGCGCCACGACGCUUCUCAACGGCAAAAACGCCGACGAUCAGAACAUCCUGUCUAUCAACUACGUGCUGAGUGGUGUGGAGAAAGGCAACAGCGUGAUGAACAUGUGGCAGAUGUGUGGCGAAGUGUCUCCGGCACAGCCCCGAGCCUCCAGCCCAGCAACCGCCUCUCAGAGUUCGGGUAAAGACCGGGGGUCGUCGACAGAUAAAGACGAGAAGACAAAGGGAAGUAACCACCAGAAUAAAGACAGCAACAAAGGGACUCAAUCCAACCAGAAGAUUUUCUCCACGCGGUCGCCGUCGCACGUGGGACUGGGAAGCGUUGGCGGCGGGGACAGUGGCGAUGGGGACACGGACGGUCUGUCUGACAGUGACGUGGUGGAGACGGGCACGGACAGCGGGGGUCAGUACGCAGAAAAGAACGGCUCGACCCAGGACUCCAAGAACAGCAGGAGGAAGAUGGAACGGCCGCGCAAGCGCAAGCGGGAGGAACUGGACGCCGGCUUGGAGAAGGGCAGCGGACGAGGCGUCCCCGGUUCUCUCCCCUAGACAGCAGGCUUAGCUCCCCUAACGGGAAGGAUGUCGGUCGCAGUCCACCAUCGAGGACGGGCGUGGGGUCGGCGCCGCAGGAUUUAUCGCUGAAACCUUCGUCUUCGCCAUCGCCAGCAGCAGCAGUUAGUGGCGGGUCCCUGCCUUCACCCAUCGUGCAGAGUCCCACUACGGACAAUGCGCGACCGGCCAAUAACACCAACAACAACAAUAACAACUUGUGGCCGAGGGGAGCUGGUGGCAAUAGUGACAAUGUCAGCGAAGCCAGCUCCCUAGGGAGCGGCAGUGGAGGUGUCUGCCUCCUCCCGUGACUUCAAACACGGUCAAGGAGCUGGAGGCUGUCAUGAACCGUCACUUACCUUUCCUUGACAACGAGUCCAUGACGUCACAUCCGGACGGUUCCAGACUCGGGCAGGGCGGACUGGCAGCAGCGUCACCAGCAUGAACAGUAGCAACACCACAGCAGCAGCAGCUACCACGCGCAGGCAGCUAAGAAAUCGACCAUCCAGUGGGUGGGGUCGCAUGCUUCCACCGCUGACGUGGACGCCAUGACGGCUUCCAAGUUUCUGCGCUCGUUGUACGAAAGUCGUGAGUCGGUAAUCCGCUCCAGUGGCAGCUGCCACGCCGCGGUCAACGGCAGUGGCAGCAACAACACGGCAGUCAGCAACGGCAACAACAACAACAACAACCUCUGCAGCAGCAUCAACAGCAAUAAUAACAACAACAAUCACGGCCUCGGCCCGAGGGUGAACCACGUGUACCCGGACGUUACAGGCAGCCUGCUGACCCCGCCCGCGGGGGGAGAGUACAGAGACCAGCCCCCUCCUUUCUCCAUCCCCAGCAUCGUCAUCUCUUCCCCCUCCUCACACGCCUCUUCCGCCAUGGCCCUGUCUUCCUCCUGCUCCUCUCCCAUUUCUUCUUCCUCUUCGUCCGUCUCCUCCUUGAAAGGAGGGUCCGGCUACCGUUACCCGUCGGCGUUGUCCUUGUCGCUGCCGUGUGCCGGGCUGGCCGAGGCCUACGGCAUGACCCCACCGGCCUCCGUCUCGCCGCACGACAAACACGCCUCACCCUUCGCUGCAGCGGCGCUGGCCUACAACGAAUCCCCUCACCCCACCCCCUGCGGCCUCCGCUCUCACCACACACUGUCGCCAGCCUCGUCCCCGGCCACUCACGUGGUCAGCAAGGAUCCCGGGGUGGUGGGAUCCUGUGGCAGCAUGAGCGGCGUUCACGCGCAGGACUACGGUACGGCCAAGGCGGCCUACUAUGCUAUGUCAGCCUUAGGCAGCGGCCAUGGCGGCUAUGCUGAUGUCAACCACAACACGGCCGCCGCCUACGACCAGUGCUCCCGUUCUGUCAUUCCGUGGUACUAGUCGAGCCCAGCAGCUGAAGACAAGUCAAGGGGUGGGGAAAGGUGGGGAACGGGUGGCACUGAGUCUGGUGAUUGUUUCAUGUAACUGUUACUUUUCAUGGUUCCGCUGCCUGUUCACAAGUACGAAUGUUUUGGUGACAUUUUUCUGUCCUUCCAUUGACUUUUUUUAGACCUCUUUCCAGUUUCGGGUGGGUCGUCUUUCUCGAGCAGACUGAUUAGUCAUUGAAUGUUUAUUGAAAGCCUGGCACGGUGACUGGGGUAGAAGACAGAUUUUGGCGAAAAAUUUCUUAAAACUUUCAAUUAUGGACUUAGGAAACAAAAUGUCUUCAAGAGCAAAAAAAAAAAGACAUACUUUGGCGAAUUCUGUAAAUAAAUUUGUAUACAAACCAAAAACAUUAGAAAAUACAGAGUAAUUGUCAUGAAAACACCGCAGGCCCACACAUAUUUAAAAAGAAUUUACUGUUACAUCUUGCACCAAGGGUCAAAACUCCAGCGAAACUGCCAUCGGUCAAUUCUGCUUCUCGUUCAGCUGAAUGAUGCAUCUCAUUCUCCCUUUUUUUUUUUAUUUUGGAAGGGAUGAGAGAUGGAUGAAUGUCAUGACGGAUAUAAAAUGUCGGGGUGGGUGUUACUGUUUAUGUGCUGACAAGUUGCCGGACCUGGAGAGACUCGAGAAGCCGAGGAACCUCUCACUACCCUCACCAGGUCGUUCGUCACCUCACGUGUCCACGAAGUUGUUUCCCCAGUGCUUCCCUCCUGACAAGAGUUUAUGUCCGUGUAGCCGGUGAAGCGAGUGUAGUUGGCAUGCGCACCAAACGUAAGAUAAAACAUCACAACAACAACAACAACAACAACAACACGCACGGCCGGUGCGAUGGGUGAUGAGAGGAAAACACAGGUUAGCAUUUAUAUUCACUGUAAAUAAACAUGAAACUUUACCUCAUGAACGACGUUUUCCACAUCACGUGAGGACAGGACUUCGCAGAAAACAAAACUGUAAAAGAUGUUUUCAAACUAAAUAUGUUUCUGGCUGGUCAGAAGUGUGUCGAGUGGUCAGCGCAUGAGACUGUGCACGCACGUGCUCUGACAUCAGCCUGUACACAGACUGUACAGUGUCAGGACUUGCCAUCGGAUUCUAUGUCAAAUAAACAAUAAUUCAUCUCCCUCCUGUCCACACACACACAUAUGCACGCGCACGCGCACACAUACAUUCUCCAAUAUUCAUUCAGAACAGAUCUUUCAGGCCAAAUAACCAGUCGGCUUUUUAAGGCUUUCACAUGUUUAUAAUUUGUGAUGGUAAGUUUUAUACUGCGUGAUGGUAAUUUCGUUGAUUUUAUUUUAUUAUUAUAGUUUUCAUGCAGUAGUAAUUUUAGUUUUCGAAGCACGAUCAAGCCCGUUAAUAAAUAACAUGUUCACAAAGGGGGAUCGCUCAGUUGAAACGAUGACCUGGCCUGACCCUCCUGCACCUUACUCCAUGAUUCAGGAAAAACAUUGUUUUCUCCUCUUCGUCUGCCUCUCUCCUUCUCUCAGACAUAGACACACACACGCACGCACGUACACAACCUUCUCUGUUGGUUUUGUCUCCAGAUCCUAGCCCUUUGACCAGGUCCAGUGUCACACAGAGGCUUUAGUCAAUAUAAAUUGCAUCCAGUUGUGUGACCAUAGAAAAAUGUUACUAAGUUUAAGUUUGUGUGUGCGUGAGAGAGAGAAAGGUUUAUGUUUAUGAAUAUGUGUGUGUGUGUGUGUGCGAGAGAGUCCGGGAUGGAUGGAGUGAGAGGAAGGAAGAGCGAGGGUUUGGCGUGUGAGAGGAAGACCUCCUACAUGUCGUGGUCCAGUCCUCGUCCUCCAGCGGUCCAGACCAUGAACCACUUGUUCCACUGUAGUAAAAGGUCUGUUUUCUUGUCGACAGAGUUUAGCCAGCACUUGUAACACGUCUACAUGACAGCAGGCAAUUCUGUUUUAUACAUGUUUGUUGGUUUAUCAACCACUUACCUGUCAACAUUGCUUCAACACGUCCUCCUUCCAAGUAGUUCAUGAUUCUUUCCACAACGCUGAGCACAAUCAGACAUUUUGUUAUUGUUCUUUGCUCCCAUAACCCCUCGCGCUGUUUGUAGAAUUGUUGUAGAGUGUGUAUAUUAAUUUGCGACUUCCUGUUGACAGUUAGUAGAGUUAAAAACAUACCGUGCAUACGGAUCUCCGAAAACAGAACUGAAUGUAGUGUACAUAUGUCCAGCACUUAUCCUACGGUUGUAUGCAUUGACAAAAUUUUACACCACGAACGAAUGGAGCAAAUAAAGAUGAAAGUGAUUCUGAGCGAGAUUAAAAAAA